GGUAGGUCCCGCCCCGGUUUCCGUUGGAAGACGUGAUGAAUACAUCCCUGGUUUGUGGAUUGUUGUAGCACGUCGGACACUACUCCACCGGACUCCGUUAUUGUGUUUUCAUCCGACCUUGUGCUGAUCUUGACUGUUUCGGAGCAUACGGCCUAAUACCGCAAUUGAACAAUGUUUGCAGUCAGGAGUGCAUUCCGCCUGGGUGCAAGAAUCACUGAGAUUUCAAGACGAGGAUGCGCUGCCGGUCUUCCAGUGGAUGAUGUUGUCAACGGGCUUACCGAGGAGCAGAUACAACUCCGACAGACAAUCCGGAGGUUCCUAGCGGAGAAACUGGCACCCAUCGCCGAUGAGAUUGACAAGAGUAAUGAAUUUGUUGGGAUGCGGGACUUUUGGAAGGACAUGGGUGAUAUGGGACUUCUGGGUAUCACUGCCCCAGUGGAUUAUGGCGGUUCAGGAUUGGGUUACCUAGAUCAUGUGAUUGUGAUGGAGGAAAUGUCGCGAGUGUCGGCAGCUGUCGCCCUCAGCUACGGGGCCCAUUCGAACCUCUGUGUCAAUCAGAUGGUGCGCCAUGGCAACACGAAGCAGAAGGACAAGUACAUGGCCAAGCUCAUGACAGGAGAGCACGUGGGUGCCUUAGCAAUGAGUGAGCCGAACGCCGGAUCCGAUGUGGUGUCCAUGAAACUGAAGGCCAAGAAAGAAGGUGACCACUACAUUCUUAACGGUGUAAAGUUCUGGAUUACCAACGGGCCAGAUGCCGACGUUCUCAUUGUGUACGCUAAGACAGACCCGGAAGCUCACCAAAAGGGUAUCACAGCUUUCAUUGUGGAGAAGGGUAUGCCAGGGUUUAGCACAGCACAGAAGCUGGAUAAACUGGGAAUGAGGGGAUCCAACACUUGUGAACUUAUCUUUGAGGACUGCAAGAUUCCAGUGGAGAAUGUCUUGGGUCCUCUCAACAAGGGAGUCUAUGUGAUGAUGAGUGGACUUGACCUGGAGAGACUUGUGCUUGCAGCAGGACCUAUCGGAAUUAUGCAAUCUGUGAUGGACUUUUCCGUUCCCUACCUGCACGUUAGAGAAGCUUUCGGACAGAAGAUUGGACACUUCCAGUUAAUGCAAGCAAAGAUGGCCGACAUGUACACACGCCUGGGUGCAUGUAGACAGUAUUUGUAUAACGUGGCACGAGCCUGUGACAAGGGACACUUCAGUUCCAUGGACUGUGCUGGGGUCAUUCUAUAUUGUGCUGAGAAUGCCACUCAAGUUGCUCUGGAUGGAAUUCAGUGCCUGGGUGGCAACGGCUACAUUAAUGAUUACCCCAUGGGCCGUUUCCUGAGGGACGCCAAGCUGUAUGAGAUCGGAGCAGGCACCAGUGAGGUGCGCAGACUCAUCAUUGGUCGAGCCUUCAAUGCCAUGUACAAGUAGACCUUGAAUGCUGAAGAGAAGUACACGCACUGGAUCAAGACUCACCCAAAGGCCUUACACAAAAUCUCAUUAUACACUCUUGAAAAAAGGGUUCUUUGCCUGUCCCUGUGUAGUAGAACCCUUUCACCCAAUGAAGAAGUUUCUACCUUGGACCAAAAUGGUCCCUGUAGGAGAAACAGCCGAGGGAACACUUUAUGAUUCUCCAUAUCAGCUUUAGUCACGGGCAACGAGCACCGGAGUAGCACCAAAGGUUCACGUUCCAAGAUUGAUGAUUCAUCUGGUGUGGACUUAGAUCUCUGCAUCCAGUGUUUAGAUACAAUACGUAGUCUGGUAUCAACCCAAUGAAACUGUAUUUUAUCAUUCACAGAAAUGUUAAAAGUAACAAUUUCAUUUAUGGCAUUUAAUAGGGUUUUAUUGAUUCUACCCUGCAGUGAAAUGACCUUAGUCUAUAUAGUGGAGGACUCUAGUAGUGUGUCUGAAGCAGUGAACCAUACAAUAUGCUCUGUUAUGCAAAGAGUUACCUUGCAAGCAGCAGCAUUUUUUAAAUCAUAGCAAACUUCAGAUUAAUAUAUCCCCUUUCCAUUGGUGUUUCCUGGGUACAUGGCUUUGUACACAAGUGGCUACAAUUAACAACUUUUAAAACUAUCGUUAUCUUUUUGUUGUUGUGUUGUCACUCUUAUUUUUUUCAAAGUAUUUGUGAAAACUUUCCCUUUACCUCAGUGGUGUUGAGCUGUGUAGAAAUCCUCUCCAUGAAUGUAAAGUGAUGGUGGUCAGCAAAAACAAUGAUAUUUCCAUUAUAGAAAAUCACUGUUUACUUUUAAGAGCAUAUUCGAAUUGUUAAAUCAACAAAAAAUUGUCUGAUAGGAAAACAAAAUGUUCUCUUUAAAUCAGCAAGAUCUGUUUAAAUUCCUCAAGAUUUUGUUUCAAACUGUAAGUAUCCAAAUUGGUUGGUUUCCUGUUUGUGUAGAAUAAAAAAUGACUUGGAUUUUG